CAUGACCCCUUAAGAACAGAACGGUCUGCGCCCGCCACCCCAACUAUAACGACUUCUUAAAGGGCGGAGAUGCAGAGUAGCGCGCAUCUACGAGUCACGUGCUCGGUGCAGAGUGAAGACGGCGUGGUGACCGCUCGCGUCCUGGUGCUCGCCGGUUCGGAAUGCGGGCAAUCAACGCCAGAUACGCGGCCUGCGAGCGCGGCAGUCGUUGCUCUGGGCUCGGAAGCCUGCGUGGCCAUGGACAGCUAUGUGGAGGUGAUGGGCGCGCAUGCGGCGGCGACGGGGUCUCACCCACCUGCCCUGCAUGGACCCGCUUUGCCAGGCGGCUACCUCGAAGCUGGCCGUGGCGGCUCCGCCGCCACGUCCCUGUGCGGCAAGCGCAAGCGGGCCUGGGACGACAUUGACGGAGGCGAGGAUGCGCCGCACACCGGAUGGCCAGUUGCAUGAGUGCCGCAACAGUCAAGUCACGAUUUGAUGGUUUAUGACAACGUGCACUGGGACCUGUCAGCAAGGCGGGCACGGGACAGCGCUCGAAUGCACUUAUGCACCAGACCUAUCUCCGUGGUCGGGCACUGCGCAUGUAGUCAUCUGGCUAAAAUAGGAGUGCUGGUAUGCCGUGGGAUUAGGGCAGAGGCUGGUGGGGCGUGUGGGUACUGCAGUUAAACCUGUACCGUAACACCUCACGGCUAGGCAGGACCAGCUAUGCAACAUGACUGGAUGACGGGCCAGGAUGUGAUCUACCCCAGAUGGCUUGGGAGCACCAUGAGUGGAUACAAACGAAAGAGAAUGCCUGUCCCCCAUGAUGUAGUGCGCCACAAUUGCAUAAGGUUGCCUGAUUGCCUGCAGUGGAUGAGUGGUGAUUUAUGACAAACAGGGCGGCGGCAUGCACACAACGCAGAACGUGUGGCCAUCGUAGUGCACCCGAAAGCAGACACUGGUAUGCACUGAUGGGGCACGGCGGCAUGGAAGGUCUGCGUAGGGCCGUACGGCGCUAUGAACAGCCAUUUAUGCGCAAACGGCACAUACCGUACACACACGUGCACGUACCGUAAGUGUAAAGGGCACCAUAUGGAACGGCACGUGGGCCAGGCACGGAGGCCACGGCUAGCGACGUCGGAGCCCAGGUUGGGCCUGCGCUGGCGGCACAGCAGUGGCUGCAGCCCAAGACUGGUCACUGGGGGUGGCGGUGACUGCGCAGGGGUGGCUUUGGGGCAGGUUAGACUUGACUCACUU